AUGUCUAUUAAGGUAACAGUAUUAAAAAUAUCAACUAUUAUUUCUAAAUGUAAAACAUUUGUAUGGUUCUAUCAUAAUGAAAUGAGAUUGAGGAUACCUAAAAAUUAUAGUAAAAUAGAUAAACAAAAAUAUAUUAUUAUUAUAUAUAUUAUCUUCAUAUUAUUUCAUUUAUCAUUUCCCAUAAAAGGAGCUAUCGUACCUGAUGGUUCUUUUUUUGAUCCACAUCUUACAAAUAUAAUAUCACAUCAACAAGAUUAUAAAAAAAUAAAUGGUGGAUUCAUAGAAAGUAGUACAAUGAAUCAUGUAAUGUAUCCUGAUAAUAAUAAUAAUAUUGAGAUGGAAAGUUUUGAAGAGAGUCAUGAUCUUUUUGAUUCAUCAUAUAUAAGAUCUGAUGAUUUUUUACCUCCUAAAUAUGAAGAACACAUAUUUGAUGGGCAACCAGCUAGUGAUACGGCUAAAUGUUAUUCAUGUAUGUCAACUUUUUAUGGUGCUGUAUGGCCAGCAAUAAAUCAUGUUUAUAAAAAACCUAAAAAUUUUACAAAUAAAUGUAAUGAAGAUAAUGUUGAUUCUAAUUAUGUUCCUGCAACAAUGUGUUCUACAAUAUGUGUACAUAUGUGGGAAGAUGCCAAUGUUGGUGGUGUUAAAAUCAAAGGACAUAUUCGUGGGUGUUUAGAUGAUAUCUUAAUAAACGGUUUUAAUCAAACAGUUGUCACUUGGUAUAGGUGGAUGCAUAGAGAUAGUUGUAGACAGUAUAGGAAACGUGAACUUUUCAAGAUUCCUUCUGAUCAAAGUGAUGAAAGUAUGGUUAAUGUUUGUACAUGCUACUCAGAUCAUUGUAAUUCCGGUUCACAAGUUUCUCAUUGUUCUUUAUUAUCUUUAUUAUUAGUGCUUUCAAUCAUUAUUUUUAAAGAAAUUCUUGAAAGACGGUGA